UUAUAUAAAAUGAAUAUUUUUAAAACUAUUAUAUUUUCUUUAUUGUUAUUUAAAUAUAUUAAUUGUUUAUCUAAAAAAGAUUUUAUUUUUUAUAGUAUAAAAAUUGAUGACAGAGAUUGUCCCUAUCCUCAAUGUGGUGGGUAUUGGUUAUCACGUGUAAAUACUGGUCAAAGUCCAAUAUAUGUUUCAUCAAUUUCACUAGAUCCAUCAAUAAUAAACUACAAUAUUUCAUUAAUUACAUUGGCAUUAACUGAUGAUCUAUUACUAGGUGGAUUAAUACUAUCCCAUCCCAAAUUUCAAUAUUUUCAAGUGCAUAAUGCUACCCGUCUAAUAUAUAAUAACGGUGCCGAUAAAAUAUAUGGCGUACCUAAUUACAAUCGAGAAUAUCAAUAUAUAACUAUAUCAGAGUCAACUCCAAAUGUUGCAUCAAUUAUUGAUUCAAAAAAUUAUGUAAACAACCCAUAUCAUCCUUUUACUGCAGAAACUAUAAAUUUAUCUUUUCAAUAUAAAUUAUUAUCUUUUAAAGAAAUGUAUAGUAAAACAAUAAACCAUUUAGAUAUUAAUUGGUUACACAAACAAAUAACAAAUUCAAAAACCAUUAACUAUGGCUUUAUUGAUAAACAAAAAAAAACUUUUUCAAUAACUAAAAUAUUUAUAGAGAUCCCAUUUAGUGGAUAUAAUAGUGAAAUAGAAAAAUGUAGAGAAAAAAAAAACUUUGAUAAUCAAUAUAUUGUGAAUAAUGGUAUUGAAGAUCUUAAAGAUUUCAUUAAUGAAACAAUUUGUGCAUCACAACCAACAUCUAUUCCCACUUAUCACCGAGAUAGUUCAAAAUGUAUCUUUUAUAGUGGUUGCAUUUCCAACAAUACUUUGGAUUUAGAAAACAAUUGCCAAAAUGAAAAUAUAAAAUGUCCACAUGGUUACACUUUAGUAUAUAUUCCCAUUAGGCCUUUUGGUUGUUAUAGAUAUUACUGUGUAUGUAUGACUUUAAUAUGCUUUAUUUCUAUCGAUCUUUUAUUAAUUUUUAACAUUUUUAUAUUUAGGAUGUUAAUUUUUUAUUAUAAAAAUUAUUUUCUAGAACCUAUUUAA